CUUUAAUCCUCUCCAUACUUUGUCCCACCCACCAACUUCUCGAGGUUCACGUCGCAAACUCUUGAGGCUGAAGUGUAAAGUGUAUUGCAUGCAAGACAACAAAACAAAACAAAGCGGCAAUAUUACUCGAGCUCACGGCGAAUACCACCGAAAUAUCUAAUCCUAACGAAAAGUUUCACGUUUAUUUAUCAUCAUCAUGGCCGACGUCGAAAUGGAAAUCGAUGAGCCUGGCUCCCCCCAAGCUACUCAAGCUAAGGUUAGCGACAUGCAAACGCACACCAAAGCCACGGCCGUGCGAUCGAUCGAGGGCUGGAUCAUAAUGGUUACCAAUGUACACGAAGAAGCCGACGAGGAGACACUGCACGAUAAAUUUGCCGAUUUUGGGGAGAUCAAGAACCUACACCUAAAUUUAGAUCGUCGUAGCGGUUACGUCAAGGGUUACGCUCUCAUCGAGUACGCUACCCUCGACGAGGCGCGUGCGGCUAUCGAUGGCGCACACCAGACGAGGCUACUAGACCAGGUUAUCAACGUUGACUUUGCUUUCGUGAGACCACCUCCGGGCAAGGCUAAUAAUAGGGGCCCGCGACAGUCUCACCGCGGCAGGGGACGGAGCCGAAGUCGUAGCCCGGAAGGACACAAGGAUGAUGCAGCAGCAGCAGAAUGAUGAGAGAACCAAUAUGAGUACUUGGACGAUACUUGAUUACUAGGUACAUUAGGAGGGAAAGCAUCCGGAUAGUAUCGGGCAUCCGGUCGCCCACGCUGGUCUUAGCCGACAUGUCACCAGAAUAAAAAGACAUGUCGGCAUGAGAAAACCUUCGGUAUAGGUAUAGAUAUAUCUUUGCUCUCCUUUAACUAACCUAUUCUCGCUAACAUAUCAUGCAGUCGUUUGACAUAGAUGUUGUCGACGUCUACGCUUGACAUUGGCUCAUUGGGAAUUCUCUACUUGCUAAAGCUAUAGUUGCAAGCCGUCUGCUAUUUAAAACAGACUCUUGAUAAUUGAGAUAACUAAUGAAACUUCCCUUUGGGUACGGUCAGACUAUCCACCUUUUGGGUGGAAGCAGAGGCAGUGUGGUCCCGAUUCACUAAAAUUUUAAAAAUUAUUCUCAAGGUCGGUAGUGAAGCACGUAUUUCAUUUUGCU